ACGACAGAAAAAUGGCUAGCCACAGAACCUGCGUGUUGCUCCCUGCGCUGUUCCUCGUUUGCUGGAUGGAGAGUGCAUUAGGAAGUAAUCUCAACAGCAGCCUUUGCAACGGGCUUUGUCUCAAGACUAUGCACGCAGCAUUGUUCUGUGAAGUCGCUUUCGAAGCCCCACCAUGCAAUGCAGGAACCGAGUUGUGCUGUGGUGAAGUCAGACACCCUGGAGCACUGCGGACAACGGACGACGAGUCAGUUUCAUUGGGAAAACCAGUGUGGUCGGCUAGGGUCAACAAUUAUCAAGGCAGCGCGCGCGAGACCAACAACGCGUACCUGAACAUCCUAAAGCUGAUCUUGACUGCAUAUCUCAGAGCGGCUGUGGCUUCGGAGUACAAAGCUAUCGCGGACAAGCCAACGCCUGCCAACUCAACGGAACGAUACGAUCCUACUUGGCCGGAAGAAAACGACAUCUUCAAAACAGAGUCACCUAUAUACGCUUCCAAAAAAACUUCCACUACGCCUUCCACCACAAGCUCCAGCGGGGUUCAACUGGCACCCUCACAUUCAUUCGACGGGAAUGUCUACUCUCAAGGACACGCGGCUUCUCAAGGCACUCUGCCUUCACACAACGGCUCUUUCUCUAGAAACUCUACACUGGCUCCUUUGGCUCAGAGCGCACCCCCGACAGCAUCGAUACCAAAUACAGAAGACGUCGAAACAUCAUCGGAGAAGCUGACAUACCCGUGUCCAGGAAGCUGCAUGUCGACCUACUUCACGUGGUUUUGCGAGAGAACGAGCACGGAAUACGGGUGCUCGGAUGGAAGGGUUUGCUGCCUGCCCACCACGACAACGCCCCCGCCCGAGAUUGUCGUGCCUGCGUGUACUGGCACCUGCAUCAUCCCGCAGCUCACUGGUCUCUGCAAGAAGCCUGCUCGCCUGCUGCUCAAGACCACCACGUGCAGCGGAAGCUACAUCUGCUGCAGUGAGACGCCGAGACUUUGGUAGGGCGUUAGUAGCGUUAAAAAAACAGGAACAAAAAAAAGAACAUCGGAAAUUGCAACUUCAGUUGCUCAUCUUGAGAACUCUUUGUUACCGAGAAUUUCGAAAGAGCCUGCACUCCUGUGACGUGUUCGGUAUCAACACCCAUUUGCACAGUAUCGCAGUGUCAUCAUCACAGUUUAAUUUGCAUUUCUUUUUAUUCCGGAGCUUCGAUUUGCAAAAUUGAAAGAAGUUAACCAGUGCUGAUCUGCUUCCAAUAAAAGAAUCGUGAUAAACGCAGGAUC